AACAUUUCAAAUUAGAUUUCAAAAAUUCUCACACAGGAUACGGAGUCUCUCUUUCUAAAAAGCUUCCGCUCUAAUUCCGGUCCCCCUCGUGGACCUCGCUCUUAUGCCAUCUCAAUUCCACCACCGCCACCGGAGCCGAUCACCGCCAUGCCAACCGCCAACACUACCAUCCCGAUCCACGGGCCCGUGGACCUCCUCACUCGUCUGGACUCACCUGACCCGGAAACCAAGCUCAAGGCGCUUAGAGAAAUAAAAAACCAGAUAAUUGGUAAUCGCACCAAGAAGCUCUCUUUCCUCAAACUCGGCGCCGUUCCAGCUGUCGCCUCUAUCCUCUCCUCCUACGCCACCGAAGCUGAUUCCCAAUUAGUCGAUGCUGACGUCAGCAUCAACAACGUUAUUGUCCAGUCAGCUGCGGUUCUUGGAAGCUUCGCUUGCGGCUUCGAUGCCGGCGUUCGAGCCGUCCUCGACGCCGGCUCUUUUCCUCACCUAAUUCGGCUCCUCUUCAAUCCUGAUGAGAAAGUGGUGGAUGCAAGUGCUCGUUCACUUAGAAUGAUUUAUCAGUCGAAAUUGGCUCCAAAGUAUGAGUUUGUUCAAGAGAAAAACAUGGACUUCCUCAUUUCUUUAAUUAAUAGCGAGUGUGAAAAUGUUACUGGACUUGGUGCAAGUAUCAUUACUCAUUCUUGCGAGACAAGUGCAGAGCAGAGGGCAUUAUGUGAUGCCGGGGUUCUAAAGAAGUUAAUUAGCCUCCUUGAAGGUUCACUAAGUCAGAAAAAUGCUACUUUAGAGUCCCUGGCUGCAGUCUUUAAGAACAAUCCUGAAGUCAUCUCUAAAUUCGUGGGACUUGAAAAUGAAAGAGCUGUUGAAGGCUCUUCAAGUCAGAGAGACUCUAGUUUAGAGUCACUGGGCACAGUUCUCAAGAACAAUCCUGAAUCUGUCUCGAAGUUUGUGGGACCAGAAAGUGGAAGUGCUUUAAGCUCUAUAAUUGAAUUAACAAAGGUUAGAUAUGCCCGGACAAGGUUGCUUGCAUGCAUGUGCCUGAUUGUUAUAAGAAAUGCUUCUCCUAACUAUCUGCAAGAUAUAGGAAUCAAAGCCAAAUUAGUAUAUCUCUUACUUGAGCUUCUUGAUGAUCCUGGCCAAGUAGGAGAUGAAGCUCCCUUUGUUUUUUCUAGUCUAGUUGCAGGAAAGGAGGAUUUACAGAAAUUAGCUUUUGAGGACAAUGCUAUAAAAAAGUUUUGUAACCAAUUGCAAAACGGUCAAUUACAUCCCAAGCGCCUCCAAGGCAUAUUGCUUGCAUUGGCUGAUCUAUGCUCAAAGUUGGAGAGCUGCAGGUUGACAUUCCUGUCAUUGAAGGUUUUGAACCAAGUGAUUGAUGCUCUGACUCAUGAUUGUGCUGAUGUGCGCACAUCUGCAUGUAUUUGCUUAAGAAGUGUCACUCGCUCAAUCAAGAACUUGUGCGCAGGUUAUUUCAUGAAUGAAAUGCUUGUUAUUUCCCUCAUCCGGAUUUUAGAUGACCCUUCAGUGUCUGUCCAGGUCGCUGCACUUGGCGCUAUUAGUAACAUAGUGGUUGAUUUUACGACUCGUAAAUCCACAUUUAUACAAUGUGGAGGCAUAAAACAGCUGGUUCAGCUAACAAAAUCGAUGGACUCAACUGUAAGGUUUAAUGCAUUAUGGGCUUUGAAGAAUAUGAUGUUUCUGGCAGAUGAUAGAUGUAAAGAAGGGAUUUUUUUAGAGCUCACUGGUUCCUUGUUAGCAAGCCUUAUAUGUGACCCUGAGCCUUGUGUUCAAGAGCAAGCUUUGGCCCUUGUUCGGAAUCUUGUUGAUGGAUGUAUAAAGUCCAUUGAGUAUGUGUUUGCCGAAGAUGGUAUUCUAUUAGAUUCUGUUGGAAGGCAAUUACACAACAUUUCAGACGAAGUUGGAAUACAGGGAAUGUAUCUUCUUGGCAAUGUGGCAAGUGGAAAUGAGUUUCAUAAGGAAGCAGUUAUGCAGCAACUUCUUGCACAAGCAGAUAAUGGAGCCCAAUCUUUCGUGAUCAAGUUCUUGCAGAGCAGUGAUAGCCGGUUACGCACAGCUGCUGUCUGGGUUAUAGUAAAUCUCACUUUCCCUUCUUGUCCAGGUGCAUUUGGUCGGCUUGUACAACUUAAGAAUGCUGGCAUAAUAUCUCAAAUAAGGAACAUGGUUCAUGAUUCCUGCCUUGAUGUGAAGCUUCGUGUAAGAACAGUGAUCACUCAGUCUAUGACUUUUGGUGAUGGGCUCGCAUGAUCAUCUGUACAUCCCUUGAACCUAGCUCGAAGAGAAGAGAUAAAUGCAGAAUGUCUUUUGGUCUUCACCUUGUUUUGUAAGAUAUGCCCAUCAUUUCUUUGGAAGGGUGAAACAUUUUAUGCUUCAGCAAAGGUGUAAUCACAUUGCUUCCAGUUUUCCCAGUUAGAGCAGUGUGGUCAUUGAUUUGCUGGCGGUGCAGCAGAUCUCCUUCCAUGGUGCCUACAUUAUGUAUUAAUUUUUUGUAUGUAUUCAGUGAUCCUUGUUGUAGCAUUCGUAUCAACGUCUUGAUUAAACCACAUGACAUCUAUAGUUCCACGGAGAAAUCGUAUCAGGUUUCUGAUUCUUAGAA